CUCUCCUCGCACCCCGCGCGCCCUGGCCCGGCCCGGCCCGUGAAGGAAUGGAGGGCGGUGGCGGGGCCGCGGCCGAGUCCGCGGCAGGGACGGAGUCGGAACCGGCUCUGGGAGCCGGGACGGCGCUCGGAGGGGCGGCGGGAGCCCCCCUCGGCUACCUGCACGUCCUGUGGCAGCGAGAGGAGCCAGCCGGCAAGAUCCCGGCCCGCCGCCUGCGCAGGGCCGCCCGCCUCCACCGCCGCCUGGGGCCUACGGGCAAGGAGAGCCACGCUCUGAAGAGGCUGCGUGAGGCUGCCAACGGCAAUGAUCUGGAUACAGUGCAGCAACUCCUGGAGGAUGGAACUGACCCCUGUGCUGCAGAUGAUAAAGGCCGGACAGCCCUGCACUUUGCCUCCUGCAAUGGCAACGAUCACAUUGUGCAACUGCUUCUGGAUCACGGGGCUGACCCAAAUCAGAGAGAUGGGCUGGGAAACACUCCCUUACACUUGGCUGCCUGCACGAACCAUGUUCCCGUCAUCACCACGCUGCUGCGCGGAGGGGCCAGAGUCGAUGCCUUGGAUCGAGCUGGCAGAACCCCGCUGCACCUCGCUAAGUCGAAGCUAAACAUCUUACAGGAAGGAAUCUCCCACAGCCUGGAGGCCGUGCGCCUUGAAGUGAAACAGAUUAUCCAGAUGUUGCGGGAAUACCUGGACCGUCUGGGGAGGCAUGAGCAAAAGGAACAGCUGGAUGACCUCUGCUCUAAGCUACAGAUGACCAGCACAAAGGAGCAGGUGGAUGAGGUUACAGACCUCCUGGCCAGCUUCACAUCGCUCAGCCUGCAGAUGCAGAUGGAGAAGAGGUAACAGGCUUCCAAGUCCUCUCAUCAUUGUGAUCCAGAAGGAGAAGGCUUAGAGAAGAAGGCCUGCAUCUCUGAAUAAACAUUGCAGGCCCUGAGGGUGCUGCCAUGGUUGCCUCAUGAGGAGGCAGUAAGAUUUGACAAGAGAGUGCUGCAGCUGAGACUUUUGGGGAAAAAAAAUAGGCUGGCACUGAAUAGGGUACCCCUUCCAGAGCAGAGGUAUUCUGCCUUCUCCUUAGCACUGCAGUUCAGUGCAGGUGGUGGCUAAUGCCAUGGAAAAUUGCCAGCAUCACAGAUCUAUCUGCUUGCAACAGGCAUCUUUUGCCACCACUGCAGUAUUAAACUGCAUGGGGGGGGGGUGGGAAGUGGGCAUCUUGGACAACAGAAGGCUUUGUACUAUAGGAAUAACACGUCCCUAAUUCUGUGUGGUAGCAGCUGAGCAAACACACUGCCUUAAGAAGCAUGCACCAAGACGUAAUCCUAAACUUCCCUAGAGCCUGCAGAGUAUCUGACCAGUUAGGGGUGGGAUACAAUGCUUUUAAUCAGACUGACAGGUUCCACUGGGCCUGGUUUUUGAAGCACUGCUGAAAGACAGUGCUUAAAUCUCAGAGUGAAACACUUGUGAAGAAUACCCAGGUAGGCAUCAGGUCAGAGCUACCCUGAUGCAACAGUGAGGGUUAGGGAAUGACUUAAUCCUACUGCAGUUUUAGGCAUGCAUCUACAUUUUAUUUGAAGAAAAAAAACCCACCAAAGUCAUUCUAAGUGACUUUUCUGUAUCCACUACUGGCUGUUUCAGGCCGGGGUCCAGUAGCAACAGAAGGUGCCCCACAUCGUUGGGUUGGGGUGGAGGUGGAUUUGUGGCUGUGGCAGCCAAACCCAAAACUGGCUGACACCCAUCGUGUGUUUCUUGCUUGUGGAGACGCACAGCUCCAUGGUCUGAAGUUCAGCUUGAGGAAUGAGUAACGACUUCUGCUGGGAGCCCAGAGUAAUGCAGCUGUGAAGGAUGCGGGGAAUCUCCCUUGCUGCUCUCUGGUUGGUAACAGAGACAGGGUAGUUUUGCUUUGAAGCAGGGAUCUGUGAAGUCUUGGAGGUGGGGCGUGAGCGAUAGCAGGAUGACAAGAAAAUGUGCCGCAGUUCCCACCUGCAUCAGAAUACGCAUUGUUCUAGGUGUGCUGGAAGCUGUGCUGGCUGGGGCUGUCACUGUGAGUGCUGGUACUUUGUUAUGACGUGCUGGAUGGGAAGGAUUCUGAGGGGGUGGGAGACAAUCUGACCUUUUCAUAUUUCAAACUUCAAUAAAAUCCUGUCAGCCUUUU